GCAGCAUAAGCUCAGCCCUAUUCGACAUAAAACAUGGCAACUUCCAACUUUGGUGGCAACAAAUACCGGUCCUACAUGACCCCGGAGGAUAUCGAGACCACCCAAUGGAUAGCCGGACCUCCCGAUUACACCAUCAUCGAUAAGUUCUUUGAAGAGGGAAGAACUAAAGUAUGGCCAGCUGGAUCCUUGGAAGAGUAUGUUCAGAAUCUUGUCAAGACAUGGGAGAUGGAGUUGGUGCAUAAGGCCAAUCCAGAUCAAUACAAAACAUUUGAUCACAAAAAAUGUGUUCUUGGUGUCAAUGGGAAGAAGUAUUUCACUUUGGAGGAAACUGGGAAGAUUGGGGGAGGCUACAAUGCAUUUCUCCAAACAUCACUGCCACCAAAACUGAGGGUGUACGACCCCGAUCAGGAGACAAAUGAGUCUUCCAUGGCUGCAUUCAGGCAAGUUUUCCCUCGAGGAUUCGCCCUUGAAGUCGUUCAAGUUUACUCGGGGCCUCCAGUGAUUGUAUACAAGUACAGGCACUGGGGUUACAUGGAGGGCUCUUACAAAGACCUCCCUCCAACAGGGGAGUUGAUUGAGGUCUUUGGAAUAGCCAUUUUUGAGUUGAAUGAAGAAUCAAAGAUUGUGAAGGUCGAGUUCUUCCAUGACCGCGGUGAACUGCUGGCGGGCCUCAUUAAGGCCGAACCUGCAACGCCCUCCGGCUGCCCCGUCAUGGCUUGAUCAUUUCGAAAGUGAGAAGGAAGUGAUCUGUUUGCUGAUGUAGGGAAUGUCUUUGUGUGUUUGCUAUUGAAUAAAUUUGUCAAUCAAGAUUAGUCUUGUAUUAUUCGAUUUAAAAUAAGAGAGUAGCUAUCAUGCAAAUUUGAAGUUAUUUCUAUUUCGCUAGAAAUGGAUUACUGCAUAUUAUUUGUAUUUGACAAUGUAUACUAUUGUAAAUCCACAAGCUCAACAUUUAAG